CCAGAGUCUUCUUCGCCGACCCCCCUCUCUCUUCUUCGGUUCUCUUCGAUUUCUUCAACUCCUCUUCAUCUUGUUUUCGAUCAAUUGACUCCUUGCUUCUUCAAUUCAUAAUUUUUUUUGGUCGGCAAGGUUAUACAAUCGUGUUUCUAAUCCCUCAACGCGAUUUAUUUCUCUGCGGGUCAUGUUUAUAAUUUUUUUUUGAUAAAAAUUCAUUUUGCUCGUUUCGUUCUCCAAAAAUCGGAAGAAUGGUUUUGGACUGGAGGAGACAAAGUCAGGGUCUGCAUUGUCCAGUUCUUAAUACUAAAUGUAUAUCUUGGUUUAUUGGAAGAAACUGCUUCAAUUCUUAGGAAUACUUGAGGAGACAUUCAAAUUCCGGAGUACUGAUAAGAUGGUAGCUAGGUACUGCUUAGUGGUACCCUACUACCACCAUAGAGGGAAUUCUUCUACUGAUACCUGCGCCCGGACAGUAGGGGGUGCCAGACCGACGGUAGCAAGGUAGCGCCUCGCAGUACCAAGGUAACAGGAAUGACAUAUAAGGAAAUAAUAAUGGAGGGUAGCGAGGACGAGGAGAUGGAUGGAUGCUAGAUCACGCGGGUCAGGGUGUUACAAGAAUAAAGAAACGUCGAGGAGGGCUACUAGUGAAAAUCCCUUUGUCCAUAUGCGAGACAAGGCUACCAACUGAGGUGAAGAUUCCAACAUUCCGGAAGGCGUGAUACAAUGAUGAAGAGAACAAUAAAAAUGGUGUGACCGAGUUAAACAUGGUAGAAGAAAGAAGGGUUAUGGUCGAAGCGAAAAUGGUUGAAUACCAGCAGACUCUAAAAACCUACCAUGACAACAAGGUGGAGCCUCACUAUUUCCAUGUAGGCGAUGAGGUCUUAAGGCGCAGGGAAGAUAUUUGCUUCCCAGCAAUGUAUGGACUUUACCCAUCGCUGGGUGUCGGCUAUGGACUGCAACGAGGCCCGGGCGGGAGCGGGGGCAGGGGCACGGGCACGGGCACGACUCGGUCCGGCGCCGUCUCAGUCUCUGGACUUCUUCUUGAAGGUGUUGUCGGCGAUGACCCACAGCUUCGUCAUCUUCGUGCUUGGCACGGCGAUGUGGAUGUCGGCGGAGACGAUGAGGUCCAUGACGAGGAAGGUGUAGAGCAAGCUCCGCUCGGUGGCGAGGGAAGCGCAAUCCGUCAUGUGAAUCAUGACGAAUUUUGCCCAAUUGAUCAAGGCGCCGUGCAUGAUGGCGUGAAUCGCCUUCAAGUCUUCAUUGAAGAGCGAGGUGUGGCUGCCAUCCCGGGGGCGGAGAAUCCGGGUGAGGAUGUACAGGAGAAGGCGCUUCUCCGGUGGGGUCGAGUGGAUCGUCGGUGCGCCGCUGUGGUGGAUCAAGUUGGUGAUCCCAAGCUCGCGAAUGACGACCGCCUCGUUGUUGAGGAUCCAAUCGUCGCCACAGUACGUCACGAUGUCGUUCCCUCGGAUGGACCGCCCUGCGAUCCGUACAAAAGUCAGCAAGUCAAUCUCUAUGUCGUAGAGAUUGAUGUUGCUGUAGAUGGUGUCCUCGUCACGGCGCAGAUUUGAGUAGAACGCCUGGACGAAAGCGGAGUUCUAGGACGUGUGGCUCUUGGAGACGAAGGGCCACAAACCCAACGUUUGGAGUUGGUUGUCGAGCUCGUGGUACCCCUUUUGUUGGGGAAACAACUCCGGGAGCACUCGGGGCGGAGAGAUUGGGCGUUUGGCGAAGUGGGUGAGGAAGCGGGUGAGUUCUUCCUCCGAGCCAAACUCCAAGAAGGAUCCGUCCAGGUAGGGAAACAGCGGGGGCGCAGAGCUUGAGGCUUCGACGAUGCUUUUCUUCUUGGAAGCCUUCGUCUUCUUUCCUCCGGCCAUCGUUGAGGAGUUUGUGAAGAACGAGAGAUGAAUUUGGAUGAAAAGGCUAAAGAAUGAAGAUUGUGAUGGUAA